AUGUCGCUUGUUCAGCGUGUUACACCAAUAGAGGGCAGCGACUUUGAGCCCCCAGCACAGCUCGAAGGACUAUUCAACCCGCAAAGCACACCGCGCACGCAAGGCUAUGGCACGAUAACGACACCGAACAACUACUCGCUCCAUCACCGACCAUCCGUUUCGCAUUCUCUCCGACACAAACGAUCUCUGCGGACGGUCUUGAGCUACGAUGCGUUUCCGAAGCCCGAGGAGCCAUCGCAGGCGACCAACCCCAGCGGCGGUGUGACUGCGUACAAGGUCUCCACCGCACGAAGGAUAGCCCAAGUAUGUUUUACCGUGCUGGCAUGUUGGCUUGCCUCCGGGAUCGUAUUCGGCUUUGCCGCGCUCAAGCCAGUGCUGGUUGACACUGGCGUAUACCGUCAGUACUGCACAGCAGAGGAGUUGGCGGAAGACAUUGAUGUGUGCUACGAGCAGGAAUUGCGCAUGAAUUUCUUCUUUGCGAUUGCAUCGACAACCUGCAAUGUUUCCGCGCUUCCGGUUGGUACCAUCCUAGACCGCUACGGCCCACGUGUGGCUGCGGUAAUUGGAAGCAUCUGUCUCGCAAUUGGCACCCUUCUCAUGGCAUUCGCCUUCUACAUACCGGAGUUCGACGGCUACAUUGUAGGCAACAUAUUUUUGGCUCUUGGUGGCACAUUCAUCUUCGUGCCAUCCUUCUCCAUUGCGAAUGCGUUCCCUAAAGCUUCCGGCCUCAUCGUUGCCACCGUGACCGGUGCUUUCGAUGCUUCAGCUGCGGUGUUUUUAUUCUACCGCCUUUCUUAUGAAGCGUCGGGCGGCACUUUCACGCCUGAGAAAUUCUUCUUCGGAUACCUCAUCGUGCCCAUCUUCAUCUUCGUCGGCCAAUUCACGCUGAUGAAUGAGGAUGCGUACAAGACUGUUCCGCAGUACGAGGCGAAGCUCGAGAAGGAGCAAGAUGCUACGAGAGACGUCCACGACUCCGACGAAGACAUGAGCGAAAACGAAGUGCGCAAACUCCGGAAUAAGCGACGGUUCCACCGAGAGUCCAAGAUUCAGGAGAUCGACCGACUGCUUGGUGAUGCCGACGAGCGCCAUCAGCGUGAGGAGAAGCAGGAAGACCGCCUCAUCAAGUCUGGUGUCUGGGGUGUUCUUCAUGGCAAGACUGCCACUGAGCAGAUCCUUACCCCGUGGUUCGUCUUGAUCACUCUUCUGACGGUUCUGCAAAUGUUGCGCAUGAACUUCUUCAUCGCUACGAUCAAAGCGCAGUACCGAGCCAUGCUUGGGUCAAGGAUCCUCGCUCGGCGGAUCAACAUGUUCUUCGACGUCGCUCUACCCAUCGGGGGCAUAGCAGCCACCCCCUUCAUCGGCCUUCUCCUCGACCACACGAGCACAGCAACCAUGCUGUCGGUCCUCGUCGCCCUCAUCACCGCCGUCGGCGUCGUCGGCUCCCUUCCCUACCUCUGGGCCGGCUACCUAAACGUCAUUCUCUUCGUCCUCCUACGUCCACUCUACUACUCCGCCAUGUCCGACUACGCCGCCAAGGUCUUCGGCUUUGCCACUUUCGGCCGCGUCUACGGUUGCAUCAUCGCGCUCAGUGGGUUGGUUAACUUGUUCCAACCGGCGAUCGACGCCAUGGACCACGAUAUCUUCGACGACAACCCGAUCCCGGUCAACGUGGUUUUCGCAGCGCUGGCAUUCGUCUUUGGAGUCGCGCUGGUGGCUUACGUGUGGUGGCAAGGAAGAAAGGUUACGCAGGCGCAGGAGGCACAAAUGGCGGAGUAUGAGCGGUAUCGAAUCAUACCGGAAGAGGACGAUGAGAUUUCGAAUCUGAAUUUGCGGUCGUGA